CGGAUGACCACUCGCCACCCUUUGCUCGACACUGUACUUACAAUAAAAUGAAUGCACCAAUCUUGUCUGUCAUGUACAUUUGACAUAUCUAUUUUCUUCAUUGUUGGUGCCUUUACUGGGAAGGCUUUUCUCGGCUGCGACGUUCAGACGAGACUCUCAGAUGGCGUUUGUAAAUGGGGGGCUGAAGAAGGCAAUGUGGUUGUAUCCAAAGGGGCUGGGAUUCAAUCCGUCAGAAAGAUGGGGGCAUUCAGCUUGCUAUUUUGAUGGAGUUGUGUAUAUUUAUGGGGGAUGCUGCGGCGGGAUGCAUUUCAGUGAUGUCCUUGCUCUAGACCUGACAACAAUGGUUUGGAGUACCCUUUCCACUGUAGGCAAGCAGCCUGGAACAAGAGACAGUCAUGGUAUGGCACUUGUGGGGCACAGAAUGAUAGUUCUAGGUGGAACUAAUGGCUCGAAGAAGAUAAAUGAUCUUCAUAUGCUGGAUCUUAGAACAAAGGAAUGGAGCGAACCAAAGUUUGAAGGGAAUCCACCAUCGCCGCGUGAAAGCCACACCACUACAGUUAUAGGCGAUGACAAGCUUCUAAUAUUCGGAGGGAGUGGAGAAGGGGAUGGAAAUUACCUGAAUGAUGUUCAUAUUCUUGAUUUGAAGAACAUGAAAUGGAUUUCCCCCGUGGUGAAUGGUGAAGUUCCUGCACCAAGAGAUAGCCAUACUGCAGUGGCAGUGGAGAGCAAGCUUAUUGUAUAUGGUGGGGACUGUGGUGAUCGUUACCUCGGUGAUGUGGAUGUUCUUGACAUGGAUUCCCUAACUUGGUCGAAGCAGUUGAUGAUCCACGGACCCUCACCAGGGCCUAGAGCAGGACACGCCACUGUAACAAUCGACUCUAAGAUUUACAUCAUUGGUGGAGUUGGGGACAGGCAGUACUACAGUGAUGUUUGGGUUCUUGAUUUGAGUUGCCGUACAUGGACUCAGCUUGACAUAGGUGGUCAGCAACCUCAAGGGAGAUUUUCGCAUAGUGCUGUAGUUGCUAAUUCUGAUGUAGCGAUUUAUGGAGGAUGUGGAGAGGAUGAGCGCCCUUUAGACGAUCUACUUAUCUUGCAAUUAGGAGCAGAGCAUCCUAAUGGCCGUUAUAACAUUUCCAUGUGCAAGAUUUUUGGCAAACAAUGGAGUCAUGACAAACCACGGGCUUCACCUUGUAGGAACGGUUUCAAACAUGAAAAUUCUGAAAAAGAGGCUGUGUCCCCACAGAAGCCUAUGCUCUUUGGAGUGCAUACAAGGAAGCAUGAGUUGAACGGCAGAGCAAGUGAGGUUGAUGCGGAAUCAAAGUACUCACCAUUGCAAAGCUCAGAAAAUUUGCCAGUGAAAAGGAGGACAUCACAGCCAAGGCUUUUCGAGAAUGGAAUGGAACAGGAGGAACACUCUCAUUCACUAUCGCAACAAUCAUCACCGUCCCAGUCUGAUCAAGAACAAGCUGCUGGAAACCCUGACAUGAAUUCGCCAUCAGCUAAUCUAUUCAAGCACAGGAAACUGAGUCAUAAUAAGUCCAACAACUUGGCACAUCAUCAAGUUCAGAUGCGAAGCAGCUUGCAGAGAAGCACUCAAAAUGGUCAUUUUGUGGCUGCUGGAUUACACGGGCAUCCAAAACCAGAACCGUUUCUUUACGUUUCACAGAAUGGCAGGCCAGAUGGUCAACAGGCUUUAUCAGAUCUCAUUCCUCCACAGAAAAUUGCUGCGACUAAAGUUUUAGCCAUUCCAAACUUGAUCGGAGCUGAAGUUCAAGGCACAGUUGAUGGUGCGUUUGAUUCUGGCUACCUGAUGACUGCAAAUGUCAACGGUCAGAUAUUCAGAGGAAUCUUGUUCACUCCAGGUCCCGGCUUUGUAGCCAGAGAAGCGUCAGCGAUUGCUUCGCCAGUUAUCUUAGCACAACCGACAUUUGUAAGCAUUCCUCAUGGGGCUAUACCCAUCCCAAACGCUAGCAAUGGAAGCAGACCAGUGCAGCUUGAAGUUGCCAGACAGCCUAUUAACUUCGUCCUACCAGCUUCUCACAGUAAUCUACUAGAGUCGAGGGAAGAAAGCAACGGUAGCCGAGCAGUACAUGAAGAAGGCAAUGGAAGCAGAGCACUACCGAAUCACGGCCGCGAUGCAAAACUCAGGCCGCUUCUCAGUGGAGAGAAAUUGGCCAAUGUUGAUGAGAACCAGAAAAUUCAAGUCCCUUAUGUGGCAAGGCCGGCACGAGUUCAGGAACCAAAUCCAGCCGUCCAGGUAUCUCGCGCCCCAUCUUCAGUCAGUCCGCCACAGAAUGGUCGGACUGCCGACCUUCAAGGGAUCGUUCUGUCAUUAGGUGCUCCUGGUGGGAAAUAGAAUUACAGGUUCUAUUGUAUAUUUGAAAAUAGUGUAGCAAAUAAAGUUGUUUAAUAAGUUAGAUUUACAUACUCGAUAA